AAAAUAAGCCUGCGCUCACUUCAAGAUUCCACUCAUUUGCCAAUACGACUCCAACCUCGCAAGAACCCAACAGCUAAUCAUGAGUUUUGUGCCCGUCGCCCCCGACUGCGAUUUCCCCAUCCAGAACCUGCCGUACGGCAUUUUCUCCACCAAAACCAAUGAGAAGAAGCGCGUGGGCGUCGCCAUCGGAGACUUCGUGCUGGACUUGUCUGUGGUGGAGACGGAAGGAUUCUUUGAGGGCUUCGACGCCGCCUGCUUCCACGACUCGACACUCAACCGAUUCAUGGCGCAAGGCCCCAAGGCGUGGGCCACGGCGCGUUCGACUGCGCAGCGCCUGUUGUCAGCCGAUGAACCCACGCUGCGCGACAACGAGGCCCUUCGCCAGCGCGCUCUGAUUCCCAUGGAGAACGUGCGCAUGCACUUGCCGGCCAAGGUGGGCGACUACACCGACUUUUACUCGUCCCGCGAGCACGCCACCAAUGUCGGCCGCAUGUUCCGCGGCGAAGACAACGCAUUGCAGCCCAACUGGUUGCACUUGCCGGUCGGCUACCAUGGACGCUCCUCGUCGAUCGUCACAUCCGGCACAAAUGUGCGUCGUCCGUGCGGCCAGCUGCAAGCCGACAAGGCGGACCCGUCCAAGGGAUCCAUCUACGGUCCAUGCCGUGUUCUCGACUACGAACUUGAGAUGGCUUUCUUCGUGGGCCCAUCGAACAAUCUUGGUGAGCCAAUUCCGAUGAGCAAGGCAGAGGGUCACAUCUUUGGCGUGGUGUUAAUGAAUGACUGGAGUGCUCGUGAUAUUCAGAAGUGGGAGUACGUUCCGCUUGGGCCAUUUGGAGCCAAGAACUUCGCGACUACAAUUUCUCCCUGGGUUGUGCCCCUCGCUGCCUUGGAGCCGUUCCGCUGCGAGCCGAGCUUUGGACCAGUCCAGAAGGACCCAACGCCGCUGCCAUACAUUACGGACCCGGACUAUUCUCGCGGCACCUACGACAUCAAGCUGAACGUCUCGGUAAAGCCGGAGGGUUCCGAUCAAGCCUACACCAUUACGAAGAGCAACUUCCGCAACAUGUACUGGAACAUGAAGCAGCAGUUGGUGCACCAUACAGUCACGGGGUGCAACAUGCAACCUGGAGAUCUCUUGGGCAGCGGCACUAUCAGCGGCAGUACGGACGACAGUUUGGGCUCGAUGCUGGAGUUGAGUUGGCAGGGAUCCCGCGAGAUCGCGCUUGGAGACACUGGCAAGACGCGCAAGUUCCUGCAGGACGGCGAUACCGUGGCGGUCACUGGGUUCUGCCAAGGCAAUGGCUACAGGAUAGGCUUUGGCCCAUGCGUGGGCAAGAUUCUGCCGGCGCACCAGUAAAAUACCUCCAGUGACGAUCAGCCGAUUUUUCCUGCCAAAGACUAGCAGCUCUCCGAAGUUCACAAGUAAUUGGACCGAGAACAGCCAUUCAAUUUUACCACUGCACUAAAUCGUUGCCUCGGCCGUCUUAAACAGAUCCUUGAGCGGCACUUUCAUCGAAAACUCGGCACGCAAAG